AUGAUCCUUGUUUUUGUUCUCUGUUGUUUUUUCGCAUAGGUUAUGAUCUCUCUACUUCUACUUUCUUACUUUACUUUCUGUUCGUAUCUCAUUUCCGUUAUCAUCGAUUGUUUGGUAUUGAUUUACAGAUAGAUAUGCAAAACAACGUUUCGUUUCUUUGGUCUAGUCAGAACGCUUGCCUGUUGUUAUCUGAUGGAUGUCGUAUAGAGAGUAGGGGUACCAAUUUAUAUUUACUUUCAAUUUAAUUUAUGCGAAAAUUAAGUUAUGGGUAAUUUACAGUUUAUUAAAUUAUAAAUUAAACUAAAUUAUUCUAUUUCUUUUUCACAUUUCAUCUCAGUCAGACGAACACGGGAAAAAACGGGUAAAAACCCAUUGAUAUUUUAACGAAAACAAAAUCGUAAAAAGUACACAUGUAAACGCGUUCAUAACACAUUAAAAAUUUUCGAACGGAUAUAUAUUUGUUCGGAAACUUUAGCGGGUUGUGAACAACUAAAAAGGUGCACUUUUUACGAUUUUAUUUUAGUUAAUAUUCCAAUGCGCUUUUACGCAUUUUUCUCUUGUUCGUCUGACUAGGAUGAAAUAUGAAAAAGAACUAGAAUAAUUUUGUUUUAUUUAUAAUUUAAUAAAUUAUAAAUUAAGUGCAAAUAAAUAUGGUUUAUGGUAACUUAUUUUUAUUUUUAAAUAUAAAUUAUAAAAAAAAUAAUUUGUAUCUAAAAUAAAUAUAAAUUACUGAUAAUUUAUAUUCUUUUAAAAUUAACAGAAAAACGACAUCCCUACUCGAGUGAGAAUUUAUCUUUAUCGUUUAUUUGCUAGUCUAUGUAUAUGUAUUUCUCGUAUCGCUCAUGUAGUUUCAUGUUGACCUCUCAAAAAGACAUCACUUUCUUUCGAUCCUUCAUUUUUCAACACAACACAACAUAUUUAUUUAACUAAUUACCAGAAAGUGUUAAUGGUCACCCAUCCUGCAACAGCAUAUCAACAAUUAUUAUCGGAUAUAACUGUGGAUACAUUGGCAACUGACUCAGUAUAGAAAGAAAACGUGUUAAAAAGAAAAAAGAAAUAGUUAAAGAAUUUAGUGAAUCAAGCGCUACUUCAUCAUCGUUGCAAAUCAGAUACAAAAAUAAGAGUUGUUUCAGCAACCUUAUCCGUCGUCAAAACAUUAUCAUCAACAUCACUAACAUUUAAUACACUAUGUUCAACUGAACAGCAAGAAAAUUCAUAUGAUAUUGCUAACGACAAUGUUGACUAAUUGAAAUUCUCUUGAGCUUGCUCGUUUUUUCUGUAUAGUUUAUAAGACGCUCGUAAUUCGAAAUUCAAGUUAAAUUUUUUUUUUUCACCUUUUUUAUACAUAGUUUGAUAGUGCGUGAGUGGCUGAUCACAAAAAAACCAGCUUUUAAGCUUUGUGAAUCCUUUUUUUCUGGUAAAAAAAUCCAAAAAACUAGACGGAUUUUUUUUCUCGCAAAAAACCAUCUUUUUCGAAUUACACAAUUUCUUAGGUCUUACUCCAGUUGAAAGCUUCUGAAAAUAUGUUUUUUCUGAUUCAGCAUGAAAAAGUGAGUAUAAAAAUAGUGUUAAAUCAUUUCUAGUCCAAAAAGUGUAUUAAUGGUGGGACAUUUUCUCCUCUUGUUCUGAAACAGAGACCGAAACGGGGCGGGGAAUCGAGGCAGGGCCCCGGGGUGGGGAGCUUUUUUAUUGGACGGGGCGGGGGCGGGGUGAGAAUUUGAGAAGAAAAGCGAGGCGAGGCGGGGACGGGGAAGCCAAACGAAAAUUAGUCGGGGCGGGGCGGGGACGGGGCGACCAGAAAUAUUUUAAGUCGGGGCGAGGCGGGGCAGGACCUGGAAGAAUGAUGUAGAGUUCCGUAAAACUUUCUUAUUUUUCGAUUUUACACCGGAAAUUCAUAUGUGCGAAAACGAAAAGUCGGGGUAGGGCGGGGACGGGGAAGCAAAAUAAAAUGAAGAACGGGGCGGGGCGGGGUCGAGGAAGCAAAAAAAAUAUAGAGCGGGGCGGGGCGGGGGCGGGGAAGAAAAAAAAAUAACGAGCGGGGCGAGGCGAGGUCGGGGAGAGAAAGUUUCCGACGGGGCGGGGCGGGGAGUAAAAAAUCUGCCCCGUUUCGGUCUCUGGACGGAACAUCUUUGAGUAGAGCAAAAGCAGAAGAAGUAAGAUAUAUCAAUGAACGGCAUAUUGUAAUCAAACGAUUAUUUAAUUAUCUACAAUUUCUUAUUGAUAAACUGCCUCUUCUAUGUCGUACAUUAUGUUUUUCCUAUCAGUAAAAAAAAUCAGCCCGUUUGUUCGAGUCAUAACAUAGAGAUUCAAUUUUUUCUCGAUAAUAUAAGGUUUGAACCAUUCUAUAUUUUUAAAUAUUUUGUUUUUUUUUUUAAUCUUGUAGAUUUUGUACUAAAUUUAAUUAUUACCGAUAAUACAAACGAAGAUAAUCGAUCAUGUUGUUUUGUUUUAUUUGAAGCAUUAACAACAACUGUAUCAGCUGUAGUUACAUUUGCUAUUGGUUAUUAUAUUAAUUGGCGUGGUUUUACAGAUCUUUAUUGGAUUUCAUUAGGAUUACAAAUUGUUUCAAUUAUAAUUGUUAUUUUCUUUUUUAAAAAUACUUCUCAAAUUAUCGAUGAAAGAACUUGUCUAUUAUCAUCAUCGAUUCAAAAUAAUAAUGGUAAUCAACUUAAAGAAAUACAUUCUUUAAGAACGACAUGUAAAGAUUGUUUAAUUAUUUUCAAAAUAUUUAGUUUUAAAAAUCGUUCACAUAAAAAAUCAAUUAGUCUUCUAUUAAUUCUAUUCGCUUAUAUUUUUUAUCUAUUAGCAUAUUCAACAUAUGCAUCAUUUCUUUGGUAUUUACUUGAUAGUCCAUUCUGUUGGUCAUCAGAAAAUGUUGGAAAUUAUAUGGCAUUAUCUUCAAUAUCUUGUGCUAUUUUUAGUUUACUUGGAAUGAAAUUUUUUACAUAUAUUGGUGCUAAUGAUACAAUCAUUUGUAUAUUUAGUCAUUUUUGUUUUACUAUAUCAUCUCUUUGGAUCGCAUUUGCUCAACAUAGUUGGCAAUUAUAUGCUGGAUUAUUAAUCAGUCCUUAUGCCGAUUAUCAAAAUUCUUUAACGAUACCAAUGAUGUCAAAAUUAUUAGAAGUUCAUGAACGAAAUCAUGCAUUUACAUUUGUAGCUGAAGUAACUACAAUUAUAACAACUUUUGGAGAUUCAAUUUUUAAUUGGAUUUAUGCACAAACUGUAGUUAAUUUUCGAAAUUUUACUUUAUUACUUGCUGUUGGAUUUAGUAUUAUUUCAUUUAUUUUAAAUAUAUGUCUACUUGGUCUAACACGACGAAUACCAAAUGAAGAACAAGUUUCAAUAUCUGAAUCAGAACCAUUUCUUUUACCAAUUAGUAAUAACAAUGAUAAUAAUAUAGUACAUGCCGGUGAUGUUAUUUGUCGAUCAAUACUAUAUUCAACAUUGGUUCCAGAGACAACAAAAACAAAUAGAUCUCGACGGAACUCAGAAUCAUUAACUGACAACAAGAUAAUAACAACAGAUAAUCAUUUAAGUCUUUGA